CGAAGACCUACUAUACCGAGCUCCCCGACAGCCAACCCCACAUUUGUUGAUACACCUGGGGCGUGUCUUCCAUAUCUCGCAAUAAAUUAAUCUGAUUCGGAGAGAAGUCGUCCUCGGGCGCAACACCUUCCAACAUGGCUGCAGCAAAUCGCCAGGGAAAGAUGCAAAAUCUUAUCAACUAUCGGAUGAAGGUCACCCUUCAAGAUGGCCGACAAAUGGCGGGACAGAUGCUCGCGUUCGACAAGCACAUGAACCUUGUUCUCGCCGAUACUGAGGAAUUCCGCCGCACGCGAAGAAAGACUGGCAAGGCGGCGCCUGGUGCAACCCAACAGAUCACCGAAACCGAAGAGCGACGUGCAAUUGGCCUCACAAUCGUUCGAGGCGCCAACGUAGUAUCACUCUCAGUCGACGGUCCUCCCCCCGCAGACCCUGCAGCACGUUUGGGCAAUGCCCCUGGCGCAACGUCGACCUCAGCUGCAUUGGCUUCAGGCCCCGGCGUUGCUCGACCUGCCGGGCGUGGUAUUCCAGUUGGACUUACAGGCCCAGCACCUGGUGUUGGAGGCCCUGGACCUGGUUUUGGAGGACAGUUCCCACCGCCUGGUGGUUUCGGAGGACCACCGCCAGGCUUCGGCGGGCCACCUGGAUUUGGUCGUGGUGGACCCCCAGGAGGAGGACCUCCUGGUGGCUUCCCGCCUGGCGGACCGCCCGGUUUCCAAGGAGGCCCACCCGGAUUUGGUGGACCUCCUGGUGCAGGCGGACGUGGUUUCCCUCCUCCAGGCUUUGGCGGCCCUGGAAGGUAAACGGUUGAAGGAUAUCUUUAAGACGACAAAAUACAAUGCCACAAAUGCAGCUUCGAUCGAGUCACAUUGAAGAUAGAAGAAGAAUUGGUCAGACAUAGCUCGACAGACACUCUUCAGGUGUGAUUUAAAGGACGUCAUGGGCCAAAAGCAAGUUGAUAGGGCGCAAAUGAUUGAAAUGAUACCAGCAAUAAUUUUCAGCUCGAACUUCUCAGUGUUCAAACAAACGCAACGAUGUCAUGCUGCAAUUCUUCCAGUGCCAUACUAGAACAUAUUCAUUAUCUGACAAUCAUACGAGCCAUCCAGGCCUAUCGUCAAGUUUAAGCUCAGAUAGUAAAUGACAAAUUCCUAAG